AUCUAAUGGCCGUUGACAACUGCCUGGUAGGACCAUCGAAAGGCUUGGCAGCUGCAGAUGACCCCACCUAAGGAGAAGGGUCACCCUACCUCUCAUGAGCAACGGCCACCCCCCAUGCCGCUGCCUGCCACUGGCCACUGGCACUCACCAGUCAAAGACAGACAACCCGCCCUAUUCCAUCAUCUACAACGACGAGCUGUUUAUUUCCAACUCAGCAACCCGCACGCACAUUCAAGCCGACCAAGACCUCACAAGGACAGCAAACAAGCGCCGAGCCAUGUCGACAAGCCCGACAUCCCAUACCCCGCCUAGUCACAAUGCUCCGCGACCGAAAGGCAUCUUGAAGAACUCGUACCGCGGCUCCCCUCCCAUCUCGCCUGUCGACCAGCCGACUCCCAGCUUCCCACACAGCCACACUCCUGACCAUCCCCUCACCCCCAAGGAGGCCAAAGAGCUCACCAUUGUCAACACGCAAUACAAUGCCGGGCACCGCCGCUCCUCGUCUGCGGCCGGCAUUCGUCCGGGCGUCUUUCGUGCCCGCACACCAUCAUCGGCCCAUGGGGGCGACUCGGAAGAGCAGAGCCAGCGUCUCAAAUGGGACGAGGCCAACCUCUACCUCACCGAGCAAGAGCGCACUGCCACCAUGAAAAUCAACGAGCCCAAGACCCCUUACGCCAAGCAUUAUGACCCAUCCGAAGACCCUUCCGACGACGACGACGUCGAGAUGCCGGAGCCGCUGGACCCAGGCAGGAUUGAUCUGGACCGUGUCGACGGCGUACCCCCUACCCAUCACGGCUCCAAGCGCAAGACAAGCACCGGUGGGACUCCAGGAUCGACAGAGGAUGACAUUCCCGGCCUGUCGCUGGGUGAGCCCGAGGAGGAGGUGCCCGAGCACGAGUUUGGUGAUUUGGCCAGCAAGAGACCGAGGGCGGUGCACGUGGACAGCAACGGGAGCAUGCAUGACACGGAUGGGGAAGAGUAUUUGGUGGGUAUGAGCGCCGAGGAGAGGGAAAAGCAUCGCAAAUUCGAAGAGCUCAGGAAGAAGCAUUACGAGAUGAAGAAUGUGGCCUCGUUGCUGGGGCAUCCUGAGGACCUGGAGGAUGCUGACGAAGGAGAAGACGACGAGGAUGACGAUGAGACCAAGAAGGUGCCACCGGUUCCUGCGGUGCCUCCUGCAGGAACCCAGGGAGGUUUAUAA